UAUGUGUCCAUAAUCCAGAGGAGAAAAGUGAGAAUGUCGGCCCUCAACUGGAAGCCAUUUGUGUACGGUGGGCUGGCCUCCAUCACAGCCGAAUGUGGUACAUUUCCAAUUGAUUUAACCAAGACACGUCUCCAGAUUCAAGGCCAGACAAAUGAUGCGAACUUCAAGGAAAUUCGGUACCGGGGGAUGUUGCAUGCCUUAGUGAGGAUAGGCAGAGAAGAAGGGGUAAAGGCACUGUAUUCAGGAAUCGCACCUGCAAUGUUGCGCCAGGCUUCGUAUGGCACCAUCAAGAUAGGCACUUACCAGAGCUUGAAGCGAUUAUUUGUUGAACGGCCAGAAGAUGAAACCCUCCUCAUCAAUGUCAUCUGUGGAAUUCUCUCUGGAGUCAUCUCCUCAGCCAUUGCCAAUCCAACUGAUGUUUUGAAAAUACGGAUGCAAGCACAGAGUAACAUCAUUCAGGGAGGAAUGAUCGGCAACUUCAUGAAUAUCUACCAGCAAGAGGGAACCAGAGGCCUGUGGAAGGGUGUGUCCCUUACGGCUCAGAGGGCUGCGAUCGUUGUUGGUGUGGAGCUGCCUGUCUAUGAUAUCACCAAGAAGCAUCUGAUUCUCUCUGGCCUCAUGGGAGACACCAUCUACACCCACUUCCUUUCAAGUUUCACCUGUGGUCUGACUGGAGCCCUGGCCUCGAACCCUGUCGAUGUUGUGAGAACACGUAUGAUGAAUCAGAGAGUCCUCCGUGAUGGCAGGUGCUCUGGCUACACAGGCACCCUGGAUUGCUUAUUACAGACAUGGAAGAAUGAAGGGUUUUUUGCUCUGUAUAAAGGGUUUUGGCCAAACUGGUUGAGACUUGGUCCUUGGAAUAUCAUCUUCUUUGUGACAUAUGAGCAAUUGAAGAAAUUGGACUUGUGACAAGCCA